AUGGACCUGGACUCUGACGAGGUCGACUCCGGUGUCGGCAUCGGCAUCGGGAGCAACGGCACCAGCCUUAAUGCCAAUGCCAAUGUUGCCGCCAACACCAUGAAUGGGGCGGCCCAUCACGGGAAUCGCCGCCAUUCCCACUCACACCACAGUACCCAUAGCCUGGAUAACCAUGGCCACAUCCAUAGGCACAACAGCACUAGUUCUAUCAACGGCAAUGGAAACAUCAACAACAGCGGAGCCAACGGUAACGGCAAUGCCACUCUUAACCAUAACAACAGUAACAUCAACAACGGCAACGGCAACGGCAAUCAGCAGCUUGCUUCUCCGCCCCUUACACUUCCGCCUAACCCAACCCCUUUGUCCGAGAGCAGCAGCAGCAGGCGUCGUCGUCACCGCGACAAGGAACGCGUUCGAGUCACCAGAGCCUGUGACAGGUGCAAGAAGCGCAAGAUCCGCUGCACGGGCAUCCAGCCGUGCGAAUUGUGCAUCCGCACCGAGUCCCACUGCACUUACAACGCGUCUUAUGCACGCGGUCGCCAGCCGCCCGUGGCCACUCGGGAAGAUGUCGCCCGAAUGGACCUCGACGGCCUCGACGUCUCCGUGCCGGCGGGAAACCCCAACAAUUCCGCUGGUGGAGGGGGAGGAGGAAGAGGAGGAGGAACAGGAGGAGGUCAUGGUGCCGUCUCUGCGUCGUCUGCUGCCGGCGACGAUGCCCUGAUGGCACCCAUCGUCGUCGACGCCUCGGAACAUGUUAUUGAUUCUGACAACCACUCGGAUGAGAACAUGAUGAACGGCUCCAACUUGGUCAUGGGCAGCGUUGGUCCCGGCACCGCUGAACCUCCCUCGCGGGCUUCUCCAGAGCCCACCCAGACUGAUCUCCAGGGCCACUACGUCGGGCCUUCGUCCGGCGUGUCAUUCCUCUUGCGGGUUCAGAAGAGGCUGCACCAGGCCGUUUCCUUCUCCCAGGCCUCUUCCAUCUUCACUUUUGGCGAUGCACCCCUGCCCGACUUUGACCCCAGCGGCGCGUUCUGCGUGCUGCUGUCCAAGGAGGAGGCCACAACUCUGCUCAAAAGAUACUUUGACUUUGCCGUCCCGACACACCGCUUCCUCCAUCGCCCCACCGUCGAAGGUUGGCUCGAGGAGUUUUAUGCUACGAACGGUGCCAUGAAGAGCCAGGAGGACGCACCCGCGCGUAGGGCUCUCUUAUUUAUGGUGUUUGCUCAGGCGCAGGAGUACAUGGUCACCACCCAAACUCGUGAAAACUCUGAAGUCAGCGCUCGUUACUUCUUGGCUGCAGAUCAUCAGCUUUCCAAAGAGAGAGGCGCCGUGCGCCUGACUAGCGUACAGGCUCGCUUAUGCCAGUGCUUCUGGCUGUUAUCACAGUCUCGCAUCAACCAUUGCUGGAGUUUGUUCGGCACGGCAGGCCACCUGGCCCUCGCCAUUGGCCUGAACCGCAACCGUCACGCAGACCCGGCAGGGGGAUAUAACUACAUUGAGCUCGAGUGCCGCAGACGCACGUUCUGGUGUGCAUACAGCCUCGACAACUACCUUAGCGCCGCGCUGGGCCGCCCCAGGACCUUUCACGAUGAGGACAUUGACCAGGAGCUCCCCUCCUGUUCGGAGGACGGGGAUCUGCACGCGGACCACAUCACACCCCGCAUGGGUCGCGGGCAGUCCCUUAUGCUGGCCCCCGUAGCUCACGUCAAACUUUCGCGGAUAGUAAGCAUGAUUCUGCGGGAUCUUUACUCCAUACGGCCAUCGUCGUUCUCCAACAGGUGUGCGCUAGCAGCCAAGUAUUCGCAGAACUUGAAGCAGUGGAGGGCUGAGCUGUCGCAAUUUCUUGAUGAUGGUAUCAAUAUGGCUCUCCUUAUUCCCAUUUUCCAGCGGCAAAGGAAUGUCUUGAAUCUGGCGUAUUGGCACGCCAUGAUACUCACUCACCGUCCAUUUCUUCUCAGCAAUUUUGCUAGACUGCAGCGGAACGGAAAGAGUCGCCGCCACAGCGUGGCUCACAAAGACCAAGCCGAAGAUAGUGUCCAAGCAUGCUUGGAUGCGGCCAUGCACGUAGUGGAUACAGUGAACGACUUGAUUCAGGCAGGCCAGCUGUUCCGCGCGUUUUGGUUCACCUCAUACUUUGCCUUUUCUGCAGUCGUCGUGCUCUACGUUUAUACGAUACAGCAGAGGACCGCGCCGGCCGAGACCUGGCAAUCCUACUUCAACGCUGCGACUCGCUGUCAAACGCAGCUGGCUACGCUGGCCGAUAACGAGUCUCAGCUAGCCGCCCGUUACUGCCUUGUCCUCGAGGAGUUGCGUACUGAGGCGUUGAGGCAGACGGAGCGUCUUCACAACGCGGCCGUGGCGAACCAGAACGGCGCGUCGCUGGCUCGUGCCGUCGUCUCCAACACUGAAGAGUUGCAGAAUCAGCACGAGCAACAUGCCCUUGUGGGACUCAACUUCCCGGACGUUGCUCACGCGGAGGACUUUGUGGGAUUCGAUGCGAGCCCGAGCAGUUCUUUGGCCGAUAUGACGAGCUGGGGCCAAUUCGAUUCAAUGGUCACCUCGGGCUUUGGCGGACUUGAAGCCUUGCUGAAUGACGACUCACUACGAUUCUAA